AUGACCUCGUAUCCAUUUGUGUAUUGGGCACAAGAUGAAGAACGAGUGUUCCUGAGUGUUGACUUAAGAGAUGCAACUCCCAGAAAAAUUCAGAAUACAGAUUAUUCGCUAUCUGGAAAUGUGUUCGAAUUUCGAUCCAUUGGUACUGGUGCACAAGGGCGAAGGGAAUAUUGCUUUGAACUUGAUCUUUUCGACGAUGUUUCCACUGAUAAGGCUUGUUCAUUUCUUUUUCAUAUUUAUCUGCAUAUCAUACAUCGGCUGCUAUUGCGGUUACUGACUGAUCUGUUGAUAUUGUGUGCUGAAAUUGAAACAUUGAGAAUGUUCAAAUUACUUGGUUUGAAGGAAAAUAAUGAAAAUGGUCAACGAUUAACGUAUUCGCUGAAAAAGAAGACGAAAGGAUGGUGGCCAACAGUUACAAAAAAACCAACUCGUAUCUCAUGGCUCAGAGUUGAUUUUGACAAAUUCAAAGAUCCAGAUGAGUCAGACGAUGAUUUCGAAAUGCUCAACUCACCUCAGAGAAUGGCUGAACGAGAGAUGGAUGCACUUACGCAACAACUUUUGAAGGAAAAUACCAAUAAGCCAAAAUCAUUUUCUGAAAAACUCUCUGCAAAAUAUUUGGAUCGUUUUUGGAUCGAGAAAGGCUUCGCGUUCAGAGUUGCGACUGCAUUACAACUUUUGGAUGUUGCACAUGCAGCAGUUGGUAUCACGAAGAGUUCUUAUCAAACGGCUUUAUUACAGGUGGUCGGACGUCUGUUUGUAUUGCUUGUUAUUGAUGGCGAUGAGGAACUGCAUACAUCACGGAUCACGUUUGGCUUGAUGGUUGUGUAUUUCCUUAUUGAAAUGUUCAGAUAUCCGUAUUAUGCGCUGGGAUGUUUGAAAAUUAAUUUGUGGGUAGUGACAUGGCUACGUUAUACCGCAUGGAUUCCACUCUAUCCAACUGGUUUAUUGCUGGAAGCGAUAACAAUUUAUCGAGCUAUACCGUAUUACUAUACAAAUACGAAAUACAGUAUUGAAAUGCCAAACAUUUUCAAUAUCGCCUUCAAUUUUGGUGUAUUUUUGACAGUAUUGCUUAUGUUUGUGUUUCCAUUCAGUAAGUUUCAUUUUUCAUUCGAAAACGUUUCUCCUAUUCGUUCGUUGAUUAUCAGCAUUCUAACGAUAAGAGUUUUUCUAUCAGUGAAUCAGCAAAUGAUUUCCUCAGUUUAG